UCGAUUCCGAAGCAGGAACGCUCGAGGAGGACAAAAAAAAGAAGCAUACUGUGUUUAUACAUAUAGAAAAUAGAAAGCGCAAAAAAAAAACACACGGAUGUGCUUCAGAAAACGAAACGGCUACCGCCCUCCAGACCAUUUUAAUGCCAAAAUUGAGCGGUCCGCAGCCUGUGGGGGGAUGACAUGCAUAUGUCCAGGCUUUUAACCACGUUGAGGAUUGUAAGACUAGUUGGCUGCCCUCCGCCGAGCCAUGAUGGACAUUCUGUACACAGGCCCUGUCCCAGCAGAGCGCGAGUCUCCGAUGGCCCGGAGCGAGAUGUCCCCGAGCCGGGCGCAGCACUCGCCUCCCACUCAGAGACCCAACGCCUGCUGCUUCUGCUGGUGCUGCUGCUGUAGCUGCUCUUGGAGAGAAGAUGAGAGCCGUCGUAGGAUGAAAGUCCAGGAUACUAAGCUGGAGACCAUACCAAACUGUGAAGCUUGCACCAAACCGACGGUGGAGGAGAUUAAACAGUGGGCUCAGUCUUUCGAUAAGCUGAUGAAGAACCCUGCAGGGAGAAACGUGUUCCGGGAGUUUUUACGGACGGAGUACAGCGAGGAGAACAUGCUUUUCUGGCUGGCCUGUGAGGAUCUGAAGCAAGAGAUGAACAAAAGUGUAAUCGAGGAGAAGGCGCGUGGGAUCUAUGAAGACUACAUCUCUAUACUUUCACCUAAAGAGGUAAGUUUGGAUUCCCGAGUGAGAGAGGUGAUCAACAGGAAGAUGCAGGACCCCACCCCACUCACAUUCGAUGACGCCCAGCUGCAGAUCUACACGCUCAUGCACAGAGACUCGUAUCCACGCUUUCUCAACUCGUCCAUCUACAAAUCACUGGUGCAGGGGGGCUCGCGCUCCUCCUCCGAGUCCUAGACCUAGAUCUCUUCAUCCCUCGACCCUUCCAUCGCACAACCACUAAAGGAGAAAGUCUGCCUGCUUUUUUUCAGCGCAAUCCGAGCCCUCCUGACAGAGUCGGAUCAGGAUUUUUUUUGUAUUUACCGCUCUGUUGUAUGCGGUCUCGGAAGGCAAGACCUGCACAGACCGCAACUGGAAGACACGGGACCGAAGAAGAAGUCUUUCUGUCUCUUGAUGGCUCGUCGUUUUGAUAGUUGACGAUGACGCUACAACUACUGAUCUACGCCGGUCUCCUUUCUUUGCCUUCGUUAAUCGGUACACGCGUACGAAUGCCAGAUAGAUUUGUUUUCCGAUGUCGCAGGUUGACAAAAGACGUAAGAGCCUCUGCAAUAAAAUACACUGGAGUCGACUUUCUCCGCUCCGCUCCGCACCCAACCGGUUUACCUUUUACCCAUGAUGACCUGUCCACUGUCUCUCCUCUCUGAGAUGGGCUCUCUGAGGUGAUGCCUAGAAUAUGGGUCGGUUCAGAGGAGGGGCUGAAAGUUCCCCAGGUGCAAAAAAAAAGAGAAAAAAACAAGAGAAAACUUAUAAUAAAUAUUUUAAAAUGAUAACAGGUUCUAUCUACUAUUAGGAAUAACAGAUGAAUAGAUUUAGACAUGAUGAAAAACAGAGUGGGGAAAAAAUGUCUAGGUCGUACUCAGACUGGUCACUUAAAAUGCAUUUUAAAUUUGGUAUUGUUCAUGUUAUUUAUUUUUUCGUGUACGUUCGAAGUAAAACCUGGUACGGAUGCCGCAAACUGAACAAGGUCAUGAAUGCUUCAUUAUGUGUGACUGUGUGUGUGUAAGUAAGUAGUUAAGUAAGUAAGUAAGCAAACCUCGGCCUCUCUGGCACAACUCUCUGUUUGCAGGAUGGCAAAGCAUGAUGGCUCACGACCCCAAACAGAGACGCUUUCUCUUAAAUGAUGCACGACUGAGGUCCAAGUGUCCAUUUAGUGACUGAAUUUUUCAGUAUUGUAAGCGCUUGGCAGAAACAAGUUCUAAUUCAUGACUGUAGAUGUGAAGCACCUUGUGUUUAGGUACUGAAUCCACAACCUUAUGGGUGAGUGGUCAGGCGUCUAGGUACAGACGAUUGGCUGUGUCUGAUGGGAUGGCCGAGGCCCUGCAAUGAACAGACCUCCUGUCUUGGACCCGCCAGACCCUUUAAAAGAUAAAGUACUGGGAAGAAAAUGACAUAUCCACAACCUUAAGUGUAUUUUAUCAUAUAAAAGCCUCAGAUUUCCUCCCAUUUUCUCCCAGUGUA